AUGAAGAUCACCACUCUUGCAGCUACCCUCCUCAGCAUCGGCCUUGCAGCCGAUACAGCUGCUGCUGCGUGCUGUAACGUCAAAGUUUGUGAUGGCCUUAACCGCAAGGGCAAAUGCAAGUCUAGCUGCUACGCUUACGGCAAGACCGUCAACAUCAACAGAAGCGGGCUUAAAUCAUCAAUCGCUUCUGGGCAGACUGCCAAAGAUUGUUUCUGCACCUUUGGCAAGAACAGGUGUGUCCUCAACUCAAUCCUGUAUGCUAGUUAA